AUGAAUCCAGUGCCACCCAAACAACAACGACAACAACAACAACAGGAACAACAACAACAACAGGAACAACAACAACAACAACAGGAACAACAACAACAACAGGAACAACAACAACUACUACUACAACGACAACAACAACAACAACAACAGGAACAGGAACAACAGGAACGACGACAACAACAACAACAGGAACAGGAACAACAGGAACAACAGCAACAACAACAGGAACAGGAACAACAAUAUCAGCACAGGGCAAAACAGUGA